AUGCCUUCCUUCGGCUCAUUCCUCAAGAAGAAGCGGACAAAGGAGGGCAGCUCUGACCCCUCAGCAGCCAAGGCCAGCACCAGUAACGGCAAUAGCUUGAGCGCUGCCAACCCCACCAGCCCCGUCGCACCCACGCCGGGCUCGAGGCCUUUGGAAUCGACACAGCCGCGAGUGACGCCCGGAUCGACCUCGGAUCUAGCAUCAGCUCUCGCCCCUGCCCCUGCCGCUACCGCCGCGCGAGACUCGGCCACGGCCGCUCCUCCCACCGCUGCUCCUGACCCGGACCGCCAGCCGACGAUGAAUCCCGUCAACGUCCAGCCUCACUCGUACGCGCCGGGCCACGACUCGCAGAACCUCCCCAGCAUCAGCAACCUCAUCAAUUCGCCCCAGAAUGACGGCUCGACCAACGGCUACGCCCCCUCGCCGUAUCAGACCACCGCUACCAUAGGCUCCCAGAUGGCCGACCCCAAUGCCCAGCUGCAGCAACAGCAGCUUCUCCAACAACAACAACAACAACAGCAGCAGCACCUGUCGUCGGCAAUGCAGCUGGAUCCCCCUCACCAGCAACAACAACAACAGCCGCAGCAACAGCAACCGCAACAGCAACAACAGCAGCCUCAGCAGCACCACCAGCAGAUCCACCAUGGCCACAGCGUAUCGCUAUCCCAGCCCCGCGUCACCAAGGGCAAGUAUUCGCUGGGCGACUUUGAGAUCCUGAGAACGCUCGGCACCGGUAGCUUCGGGCGCGUUCACCUGGUCCAGUCCAAGCACAACCAGCGCUUCUACGCCGUCAAGGUGCUCAAGAAGGCGCAGGUGGUCAAGAUGAAGCAGGUCGAGCACACAAACGACGAGCGCCGCAUGCUCAGCGACGUCAAGCACCCGUUCCUCAUCACCUUGUGGGGUACCUUUCAGGACUGGAAGAAUCUCUACAUGGUCAUGGACUUUGUCGAGGGCGGCGAGCUGUUUUCGCUACUAAGAAAAUCUGGGCGAUUCCCUAAUCCGGUCGCCAAGUUCUAUGCCGCCGAGGCCACGUUGGCACUGGAAUACCUGCACUCCAAAAACAUUAUAUACCGCGAUUUGAAACCCGAAAACUUGCUGCUGGAUCGGCACGGACACCUGAAAAUCACCGACUUUGGCUUCGCGAAGCGGGUGCCGGACAAGACAUGGACGCUCUGCGGAACACCAGAUUACCUGGCUCCUGAAGUAGUCUCUAACAAGGGCUACAACAAGUCUGUAGACUGGUGGUCCCUCGGGAUUUUGAUAUACGAGAUGCUCUGCGGAUACACGCCGUUCUGGGACAGCGGCUCUCCCAUGCGCAUAUACGAAAACAUUCUCAAGGGCAAGGUCAAGUACCCGGCGUAUAUAAACCCGGAUGCCCAGAACCUGCUCGAGCGGCUGAUCACGGCGGACUUGACCAAGCGACUGGGCAACCUGUUUGGAGGCUCACAAGACGUCAAGAACCAUCCGUGGUUUGCAGAAGUCACAUGGGACCGGUUGGCGCGCAAAGACAUUGAUGCGCCGUAUACGCCACCAGUCAAGGCUGGAUCCGGCGAUGCCAGCCAGUUUGACCGAUACCCCGAGGACCCUGAAAAGUACGGGGGUCCAGGCGGCCAUGACGAGUAUGGCAACCUGUUUACUGAAUUCUAAGGGAUCAAUAUUCAAAAUCCGGGCAUACGCGGAAACGCUGACGACUUGACGACGAGGCUUUGGAUGCGUGGCCCAAGGGGAAAAUAAAGGAGCAAUGCCUGCUCUUUUACUGGUUUGUUUUUGGAUGUAAAAGAUGCGGGUUGAUGGGCCAUUUGUUUAGUUGCGUCUUGGUGAUGGGCUAUGCAUUGGAGAUGGGUUUCCUUCUUGUCUCUUUGGAAAGGGUGGUUCGAUUGGUCUUUGGGGGGCUCGUUUCGACCUGGAGUCUGUGUUGGAAAACGUGUAUUCGGGGGAGGGGGGGAGCUGUUUUUGAUGCUGCAAGGCCAAAAACUGUCUCGCCCGGUAGCCAACUAUACGACGCACCUGUAUAUCCAGUUUCAUCUUUCUCU